GUGGAGUUUGUGAAGUGGCUCUAAAGUGCGUUGUUUUUUUAUUUGGCGCGCACGCGAACGUGUGUUCGUAGCUACGGUGCGUUUCGUAGCGUUAGCUAGGCAGAAGUUGGCUUCCUAUUCGCCAGCGUCUAAUUCGAACUCUCCGUUCCACCUUAAAUGGCGCGGUCGUUCCACUCUGGCGUCUCAGCGACUGGAUGCAGCUGCCAUUCGAUUUAAGGUGGACCGGAGAGUUCGAAUAAGACGCGGGCGAAUAGCUAUUGUUACAAUUACAGCGCGUCCAAGACCAAAACACAGGGCUUGUUCGGGGCCGUUUCGCUUUGUAGGCGAAUCCUGGUGGUUUUUAUUCUCUCACUGAACGUCCAGCAGGAUCGGGCGGCUGGUUUAAAGCCGCUGUUCUCCGCCGAGGUGUCUGACGGUCGCUCUGUGGGAGAUCCGGCGUGCCGGCAGAGUCAGAAUGUCUUCGUCUUCUCUGUAUCUCAGCCAGGAAAACCUGGUCCGCUACAAGAAACGGAAAGCCAACUUCACCUUCAGCGAAGUGCACAUUCUGCUGGAUGAAGUGCGGAAGAACCGGCACAUUGUCGUAGGCAAGUUCAACUCUGGGGUCCCAUCUGAAGUGAAGAGGAGGAAGUGGGCGGAGAUCACAGAACGUGUGAAUGAGAUCGGCGAGUGCGACCGGGAGGUCGGCGAGAUCAUCAAGAAGUGGUCGGACCUAAAAUGCGACACCAAACGCAAAAUAGCCGCGCUGCACUCCGGUAGCAUCCCGCACUCUGCGCUCGCCCAGGCCGAGCUGUCCCCGACGGAGUGUAUCGUAGAGUCUAUCCUGGAACUGGACAAGAAGCCGUGGGAGGCGGCGCUACCAUCGCGUUCUCGCAGCCGCAGUACCGACCAGGACGGAGGCGGCAUAGACGAUGAUGACGACGGCGGGUUUUUGGGAAUGAGCUCUGUUCACAGUUCUCCCGGUCUGGGGGUCGAGACGAGGACGAUGCCCCCUCCAGUAGGGGGCGCAACCGGUGCCGUUGAGGCGCAGCAUGACGCUCUAAACGCUGCAGAUCCAGACUCCCGCUUGAUGGACUCCGACGAUGAUCACCAUGAUGUCUUGCCUUCUUCUUCGCUGUCGUCUGUAAAUAACUCGUACGCAGAAGACGACGGGACCCUCACGGGCACCAACAUAGCGCACGUCUCCUCCUCCACUAACCACGCCCCCAGUCAACAAGGCCUGUCCACCAUGGCAGCAGAGUCAGACAGCGCUCGCGAGCAGUUGGCGCAGAACGCCAGCCUGAGUGUGCAGGAGCAGCACACCACCAACGCUCUGCUGGCCACCGUGUCCCGCUCGCUGGAGCUGCUGGCCGAGUCGGUGCAGCAGCUGGCUGAGACGCAGCAGGAGUUCGUGCGCGAGUCGCUGCAGCUGCAGCGCGAAACGGUGCAGGUGCUGCGGGAGUUUGCCACCGGAGCACUAACGCUGCUGCACGAGAAGGUCAACGGGAAACCGCCGCUGCUGUAAGGUGUGAAUGUGAAAGAGCUUCACAGAGGAGUUUUGUCUUCAGGCUCGGACGCUACGCUGUGCCGACCUCAGAACGGGAGCGAUGCUGCUGCAGUGAAGGAAGGAGGAACUGCGCUGCUGUUGCCAAACAGCUGUUUGUUUAAUGGAGAAGUCAGAUUUUCAUGUAAUCUUACCGUAAAAACAGCAGAUCAGUCAAGACGUGA